UGAAUUAAAGAAGGCGAAGAAUAACGCAAGAAUAAGCACCAAAAAAAUACGAAAGGCGCAAGCCACGGCCCAGCGAGCAGCGGCGCUGGGCACAUGGGCGGCGAGCGAGGCGCAACGCCGGCGGACAGCAGUUGUUGCGAGGAGAGCAUCUGAAGCGAGCUGCCGUCGGCGCGGGCGGACUCGUGAAAGCGCAAGGCGCGUCAGCCGCAGGUGUGCGCGCCUCCACCGGCAAGCAGAGCCCCGGCCCUUGAGCCGCCGCGCGCGCGCGCUCGCGCCCACGACGCUGUUCUGCCGUCACUGCUGCCCACCGAGGCGCGUCCCCCCAUGCGCGCACUUAGGCCUAGCUAGAAGAACGCCGCCGCACGAGACGAUCACCACGACGACACACGCACGGGGCCGGAUUACGAGAGGCGAGCAAAGCGGCGCAGCGCGACCACGUCCCUCAUGUCCGUGGCCAACACCGAGAGCUCGAUGACUCUGAGCCAGAGCAUGGAUUCCGUCAACACGGUCGCCGAGGAAGAGGUGCGAACACUCUUCGUGAGUGGCCUUCCCAUGGACGCAAAGCCCAGGGAACUCUACCUGCUAUUCCGUGCCUACAAGGGUUAUGAAGGAUCUCUGCUGAAAGUCACACAAAAGAAUGGAAAGACAUCUUCGCCAGUAGGUUUUGUAACAUUUUCCUCACGAGCUGGAGCAGAAGCCGCCAAGCAGGAGCUUCAAGGCGUGCGGUUCGACCCCGACCUUCCACAGACCAUCCGGCUCGAGUUCGCCAAGAGCAACACAAAGGUUAGCAAACCGAAACAGCAGUCUCCUCCCGCCGCGGCCACGCACCCGACACUCCUGCACCCUAUCACGGGACAAAUCGGCGCCGCCCUGCUGCCGGGGACCCACGACGGCUGGCCACACCACCCCCUCUCCUACGCUGAAGUGCCCGUCACCACUACCCUGCACACUGCGGCUCUCAUGCACCCGGCCCUCCAUGCGCAGCUGCCCCCUCCGUUGACGAUGCCGCACCCACUGUCGCACGCGGCGCUGGCCGGCAGUGCAGCUGCGAUGCACGCGACCAUGCCGCCCCCGCACCUGGUCACCAGCCCGGCGCUCGCGUCACCUGUCGGCUCCACCUCGUCUUCGGCUGCCGCAGCGGGAACGCCACCCUGCUCCACGCUGUUCGUGGCCAACUUGGGACAGUUCGUCUCCGAGCAGGAGCUCAAGGACCUCUUCGGAAGUUUCCCGGGUUUUUGCCGCUUGCGUAUGCACAAUAAAGGUGGCGCUCCCGUAGCUUUUGUCGAAUAUCAAGACGUCCGCCUUGCAACACAUGCUAUGAAUGCCUUGCAGGGCUGUGUACUGUUCUCCUCAGAUCGAGGUGGAGUCCGCAUUGAAUUCGCCAAAAACAAGAUGGGAGAGGUAUCCCGUGAAUGAUGAACUGCAACAGUCGAGAAAACGCUUCAAGUUUCCUUAGGUGAAUCUCGGUGUGUGCUCGAGAGGUGUACACAGCAGGCUGCAGUGCAAGCAACCAAAGGCGAAGGCUUGGACAAUAUUUUCAGUACAUUGCAUUAAUCGCGUUUCCCGUGGGAGGCGCCACUAGUUUGUGAUGAAAAAAAAAAGUUAUUUAGGCAAGCAAUGAGUGUUUAGUGAAUAUUUUUUUUCUUGUUUUCUUUUGUUUUGUAUACUGUCUUAUUGUCUUGCUACCCUUUAUAGUGCUUCGGCGUAUCGGCACAGCGCUGCUUUUAUUCGUGUGAGGUGACGAUACUGUAUUGGUGUGAUAGAUGAGUAUAGUUUAGAAGUCUGUUGUGCGGAGCGCCGACUACCUUUGACGCUUCAAAACGUCUUUGUUGGGAGUGUCUCAGUACGCGCUUAGUGUUCAUUUCCUCUCGUUUUGUCUUCUAAAAGCUGUCCUUGCUGAUACAGUGCAUCCCGACGUCUUGUGCUUACAUUCACGCGGUUGUGCCAUGUGUUGGAUCGCGCUUGCGGAAAACUGCGGAAAAGGAUAUUUGUGAACUCUGCAUGAUACUCCAAAGUACAGCCAGCUAAUACAACUAUCACGAAUAGAUGUUGAGACCAAAGAGACAGCUGUUUGAACCGAAAAACAGAAAGAAAUUGGGUUCACAAUGUUGUACUAGUCACAGUGUACAAAGAAAAACUGUAAUCACUAUAUUUAUAGCAAGACGAUCUUUAUCGUGUGUCUUCAUAAAGAUAUAUCCUAAAUUUAAAGCUUAACUUAUUUAAUUAAUAGAGGGAACUUUUAUUGUGCCAGCACUCAAAAUAAGAUGCGGACUUUUUAAGAAUAGUACUGUGAACAGGGAAAGCGUAACAUCACAGACAUCAAAGCAUACUUUGCUUCAGAGAUAUAUUUUUGUGAGGCAGUAACGUUCCCAGUGACCUUCGAAUCCAACUGACUUUGUGUAUUCUUUGAACUCAUUACUAAUGCCUUUUCUCUAUCAAUAAUCAUUUGCUUUUUUCAUUAUUUUUGGGUCGUGCCGAUAUGUUUAUUUUGUUAUGUAAUUUACAAGUGCUACUUUUUUCAUUCAUAACCAUUGAAUAUGUUACUGCUUGUUUGGACCAUUUUUGCAUGAUUAUUCUGUAUUGUAUUUUUUGUUACUAAAGCUAUUUAAUUAUAAACAUUGA